UGAUUAAAAACGGAAACCACACCACUGAGGACGAGCGAGAUGGAGCUGGGUGCAGUAAAUCGGCAGGUUCGGAGUGCAGCUCAGAGAAAAGGAAGCGCUUUAUCCGCGUGUGGUGUGACGGUUGUUACGACAUGGUGCACUAUGGUCACUCCAACCAGCUACGUCAGGCUAAAGCAAUGGGCGACUGUCUCAUAGUUGGUGUUCACACUGAUGCUGAGAUCUCCAAGCACAAGGGUCCUCCAGUUUUUACUCAGGAAGAACGGUAUAAAAUGGUGCGGGCAAUCAAAUGGGUGGAUGACAUUGUGGAAGGAGCCCCUUACGUCACCACCCUGGAAACCUUGGAUAAAUAUAACUGUGACUUCUGUGUGCAUGGAGAUGACAUUACCCUAACAGUUGAUGGCAAAGACACCUAUGAAGAGGUGAAGCAGGCAGACCGCUACCGUGAAUGCAAACGUACACAAGGUGUGUCCACAACUGACCUGGUGGGACGUAUGCUUCUUAUGACCAAAGCUCAUCACAGCAACUUGGAUAACCCAGAUUAUCGGGAGCAUGCAGAUAAUUUUGGAAAGGGUCCUAAAGGCAACAGUCCAUGGACAGGGGUGUCACAGUUCCUCCAGACAUCUCAAAAGAUUAUCCAGUUUGCCUCAGGGAAGGAGCCGCAGCCUGGGGACACAAUCAUAUAUGUAGCUGGAGCCUUUGACCUAUUUCACAUUGGUCAUGUUGACUUCUUGGAAAUGGUAUACAAGCGGGCAGAGCGGCCCUAUGUAAUUGUGGGUCUGCACUUUGACCAGCAAGUCAAUCGUUACAAGGGAAAGAACUAUCCAAUUAUGAAUAUCCAUGAGAGGACCCUGAGUGUGUUGGCUUGUCGGUAUGUGUCAGAGGUUGUCAUUGGUGCUCCCUACACAGUGGACAAAGACCUGCUGGAUCACUUCAAGGUGGAUUUGGUGUUUCAUGGAAAAACUGAGGUGUUUCCAGACAAAGAUGGCUCUGACCCAUAUACUGAACCUAAGAAAAGAGGCAUAUUCUGGACCAUUGAUAGUGGAAACAACCUCACGACUGAUGAUAUUGUCCAGAGGAUCAUUGAAAACAGGUUGCAUUACGAAGUCAGGAACCAAAAGAAGGAGGCCAAGGAGAUGGCAGUGAUCGAGGCAAUGAGAAGGAGAGAACAAGCUCAGCAGAGUCAGUGCCCAGACAGGAGCAGUCAUUAGCAAGUUCACUAUGUAAGGUCAGACUGUUUUUAAGGUUGGAUAUAAUCCUGUUACUCUCAGCUUUAAGACAGACAUCGGUAGGAGUAUGUAAUGAUCCAUUUUGUCCUUAACUAGACCUGCAUAUGGGUAGGAUGUGAUUGUCCAAAGUUUUGUUGUCUUUCUGAGUGCAUACUUCUGCUUUUAAAAAUGCCUUAGGCAGUGUUUCCCAAGCUCUGCUGAGGUGGCAUCUCUCAGGGUUCCCUUCAUGUGAAUGACACCAGCCUGCCAGGGUUCAACCCAAACGAGAUCAGAAAAACCCUAACAGUUCACCCAUGCGCUUAUAUUUAAAAAUCAAAAUCUUUAAUACUGUAUGUCCUUUUAAUCUUUGGAGAGUUUUAUUUUCUUCUUCGUCUCUGUUUAUAAGAAUGUAUUUAAUAGAUAUUCAUUCAUGUUGGUGAUGUUAACUUGGCAUAUUAAGUUCGUGGAUGAGAUUCAUUGGAAUAGAAUAAAUGCGUGUGAAUGGUGUUCAUGUUGGGCAUGUUACUUAAAGUUAUUAGUUAUAGUUACUAGUUACUUCUAACUAUUAGUAACUAGUAUUUAUUUUUAGUUAAAUAAUAGUUACUAAAUAUGAGUUAACUAAAACUUAACUGAGAUAGUAACAGAUUUACUACACUAUAAAAGUAACUAGUUGUCAGGGAAAGUAACUAUUGCGUUACUUUUUUCUGUGAGUUUAAAUAUGUCUAAGAAUUAGAAUGUUUAGUAGAAGUGAGUUUCAUAACCUAAAAUCGCAUAGACAGGUUCUUACAAAUAUUUUUUUAAUGAUUAUUGGACCUCAACAGACCACAACUGGUAGACAUGUAGACUGUUGGUUAGACUGUGCUUCAAGUAUUUCUUUUAUAACAAAAUGCAGUUUAGCAAUACGAACUACUGUGAAAUCUCUGUAUUUGUCCUAAAAUAUGUAGCUAUGCCUUAGCAAUGACCAUUUUUAUGAUUAAAAUUAGGAAAAAAAUAUACUAAAAUAAAUAUACAGUAUACUUUUUGGUACAUCAACAUUUGAUUAGACUAAUAUACUAUAGUCUCUCAAAAAUGAAUAAAAAUACACUGCCUAAAAAUACACGGC